AUUAAUAUAGAGAAGAUGGUGCAGCGUGCACCGCAGUGGCACAGAAUGAAAAGAGAUAGAGAUAGAGAUAAAUAUAUGGUAGAGAAGAGAGAGUGUGAGUGCAGUGAUAGAGAUAAGAAAAUGUGGCUUGUGCAGCUCUCAACCCCAUUUCUGAACGGACAUGGUCAUUCCACCACCCUUCUCUCCAAGCACAGUUCGGCGGUGACUCAGACCCACUGGGCCCCACCGAGUUUCCUGCCUCAAAUCAAUGCGAUGAAGACAAUGCAGGGGAGAGUGGUGUGCUCCACCAGCGACAAGACGGUGGCAGUGGAGGUGGUGCGGCUGGCCCCUCACCCAAAGUACAAGAGGCGCGUGAGGAAGAAGAAGAAGUACCAGGCCCACGACCCCGAUAACCAAUUCAAAGUCGGCGACAUCGUCCAGCUCCAGAAGACCAGGCCCAUCAGCAAGACCAAGGCCUUUCUCGCACUCCCCGUUCCCAAAAGGCCCUCCAGCAGGCCCGAGGCCCAGCCCGAGGAACUUUCCAUUCCCUUCGAGUCCCAGCCCUAGAAGACUCCAGAGUCACACCUCAAUUUCACUCUCUCACGCCUACUUUUGCAUUCUCUUUCGUGCUUAUGUGUUGUAAUUUGGAUGCUGCUAGUAUUUUGUUACUGCUCUAUUUUUUACCUUCACUGUAUGUGCAAUUCUCAUCAUUCUAGCUGACUGCUAUCAUAUAUCAUCGUGUUUUUCUUUCAUUCA